AUAGAUACCUAGGCUCUCAUCCGGCCGUUUUUCUGAGAGAUUUUGCAAGUGUCCACAUACCUGAUAUUUGGCAAGGGCAGGAAGGGGGUGAUUAACAUUUUGUAGGAGGGGAUGACUUUCUAAUUUUCUAUCUAGCUUGUCCUCUAUUUAUGGUACUUUAUGAUUCAUGGCAAUGUAGCCCUUAUGAUGAUGUGUUCAAACAAAUGUCUGAAUUGUUUGGUAAAUCAUUGAAGCAUGUUAUUUCCAUGUCAUUUGAGAGUUGUUGCGGAAGAAUACGACAGUAUUUUCUAACUGGAGGUUGAGAAGGAUAUGAUCAUUUUAUCACUCACAUAUUAAGGGUUCAACAAAUAUGAAAUGGGAAGGACUGUUUAUCCAAUCUCAAAUUGGAACUUGUAAGCGGUUAUAUUUUCAGGGACAGAGAAGCAGAUUAUUCAAAAUCUGACCAUGCUAGACAUGGUGGAGUACACUUUCUCUUGCUCACUUUUCUGAGCUUUUCAUGGAAGUCUUUCUAACUAAAUGCUGCAUUCAAUAUUUCAAUGUGGUUUAGGGUAAAAGAAUGAACUUUUCCCGAAUAUGGUAAGUUGCAAAGGAAAUACAUUUAUAUAUCUGUGUUUUAUUUAUUUAUUUGCAGCAUUAGUCAUAUUUCGGUACAUCAGAAAAGCAUGGCUUUCGAGGUAUCCUGUCAAUUUGCUGGUAUAACAGAACGAGUUGAUAACACAGAUUUUAAUCUAUAAUUGUCUAUGUACUUGUUUUCUAGGAUUUAUGUAAUUCCUCACAAAGGAAUGAAAGAACUGCAUCUUAUGACUUCAUCUCUUUUUUGAGUAAGCUAUAUAAGAUCUGAAUGGUUGCAGACCAAUAUAAGAUCCGCUACCAGACUUCUCGUGAUACUUUGUACCAAGGGUAAGCUGCUGGAGGCUGUAAGAUCUACCCUCAAAAAAAAUCCACCGAAGUAAACAAGCAACGGGCGAAGUUGCGCUCACGCGCUAUAUCUAAGAUUCUUCGUUCUUUCUGAGAAAGAGUUCGAGAUUGCUUGCAUUGAACACAAGGGACUUCAAGAAUGAAUUCUUUAAUUAUGUGAAGGAAGGUAAAAUGUUUGAGGUUGGUGCUUUGCUUUUGGUGGCUGGUGAAAAGUUGAUGCCUUUAUGCAUAUCCGAAGGUGAAGAUUAUAUGGUGUUUAACAACUUCAAGGAGAUAGGUCAUUUUCUGCAAGCUAAGAACACAUGGUCGGCUAUGAGCAAUGCUGAAUUGACAGAGAAGAAGGGGAUUCUGUCAUUGCUUGACAUAUUUGCUAAGAUUGGCAAUCAGCUUAAUGCAUAUGUUCGGAUGAAGGAGAAAAGAAAUCCUCUUUAUAAAUUUUCGGAUGUUGUGACCCUCUUAGAAGAUGCAGGCUUUGAUGUAGAGUGUAAAGACCUUCAUUUAGAUGAUCCUUUUUACAGUAUUGGCUGGUCAUCAUUUAUGCGGAAGACUCCCCAGAUUUGUGGUCAGCCGGAACAUGAUAGUCAUCGCAAGCAUAAUCUCACGUCAAAUUUGAAGAAUCAAAUGCGACAUGGUCGUCUCCCUUUUUGUUUCCUGCCUCGGCAUUAUCGUAUAAGUAUUCCUACUCAGGCAUUUAUUACAUCAUCAUUUCGAAAUACAGACUCAAAAUAUGCGUCUUUAACCCCGGCAAAGAAAUUGGUCAAUGUUGUGCAAAACUUCAAUUCUUGCAAGAGGUUGGUUUUGUUCGUGGCAAUAUUCCGAAGAGGAGUGAGAAGAGUGUAAUCACUUUGCUGCUUUGGAAACAUAGGUACUUAUCAUGUUGGUUGAUUCAGCUGCUUGUAUUGGCUAUAUUGCAAUAAUUCAUCUUUUGUUAGGUUACUUGUGUGGCUGUUGUGGGGAGGUGUUGAACCGCUAUUUUGAAGAACUAUGUAGUGUUCGAAGAACUAAUUUAAAGCUUUAUCGUAGAGGCUGUUGUUAUUUGGAACAUUUGCAUCAUUUAAGGUGAAAUGUUUGGUUUGCUAGUUGCAUAUGAGCAAAUGCGGUUGUAAACAUUAUUCAAACGAAAUCUAAUACUAUAUACUUUGUAUUUAGAAAGUA